AUGGCCAUGAUUGGUGUGCUCUACAUCAAUCUUCAUGGUUCAGAAACACAAGCGCUUUUGCCGUAUGAUCAGUAUAUGCAUCGUUUUGCUGCUUACUUCCAGCAAGGUGAUAUGGAGAGCAAUGGUAAAUUCGUGACGAGAGAUGGAUCUCGAGUGGACUAUUCGACCGGUCCAAUUGUUUGGGGUGAGCCGGGUACGAAUGGCCAGCAUGCCUUCUAUCAACUCAUCCACCAAGGUUCAUCUCAUGGAGAUAUCUUUACGGAUUAUAUCAGAUAUUUGCUAGCUUUAUAG